UGGCGACAGGCAGCGCGAGGUCCGCUCCAAACAUAACGCGCUGUGGAAAACAUGCGGCUCGGGGGACCCCCCCGCAAACCCCGCUCGGGGCAGAGACCUGAGGGGGCCCGGGGCUGUCGGGGCCACGUGCAGUUUGGCAGGAGCCCCCAGAGCCCGACGAGGCGCACCCGAUGCCCCUCUCCCAAGCCCUCCGCGCCUUCGGCGGUGCGCUGCUGCUCUCGGCACAGGCGCCGCGACUCUCCCCGGCGCGUCUGGAUGGCGGCCCUGCCCCCCUGUCGGGCCCGCCUCAGGAUGAGCCCGCGGCCACGCGCCUCGGAAGUCCGAGGCCCCACCUACAGGCCUGCGGCCUCGCAGGCCGCGAAAACCCGCGCCUCCCCAGGGGCCUCCCCGGACCCCCAACCCCCAGUGGCCAGACAGGCAGAGGCCGGGGGCGGUGCCUGGCCAGGGAAGGCGGGCACUCAUGAGGAGGUGCUUCCGGGUCAGAGAGUGUGCAACAUGGCGGCGCCCAUGGAGCUAUUCUGCUGGGCAGGGGGCUGGGGGCUGCCGUCUGUGGACCUGGACAGUCUGGCCGUGCUGACUUAUACCAGAUUUACAGGUGCUCCACUGAAGGUACACAAGAUCAGCAAUCCUUGGCAGAGCCCUUCAGGUAUACAGUGUCCCUGUAAGAAAGGGACUGGAAGGGGAGGAGCAGGAGACCAGAGUGUGAUGCAAACAAGCAUGUGUGGGCAAGCUAGGAUCUUGUUGAUUAAUUCUUUCUCGAUAUCAGGAACUCUGCCUGCCCUUCGAACCAGUAAUGGAGAGGUGAUCUCAGUACCACACAAGAUCAUCACCCAUCUUCGUAAAGAGAAGUAUAAUGCCGAUUAUGAUCUGUCAGCCCGGCAAGGAGCGGAUACCCUAGCCUUCAUGUCUCUGCUAGAAGAGAAACUACUCCCCGUGCUAAUACAUACUUUUUGGAUAGAUGCCAAGAACUAUGUGGAAGUGACCCGCAAGUGGUAUGCGGAGGCUAUGCCCUUUCCCCUCAACUUCUUCCUGCCUGGCCGCAUGCAACGCCAGCACAUGGAGCGGCUGCAGCUGCUGUGUGGCGAGCACAAACCAGAGAAUGAGGAAGAACUCGAGAAAGAGCUGUAUCAAGAGGCUCGGGAGUGUCUGACCCUUCUCUCUCAGCGUCUGGGUUCUCGGAAGUUCUUCUUUGGCGAUGCUCCUGCCUCCCUGGAUGCCUUUGUUUUUAGCCAUUUGGUCCUGCUGCUGCAGGCAAAGCUGCCCAGUGGGAAGCUUCAGGCCCACCUUCGUGGGCUGAACAACCUCUGUGUCUACUGUACCCAUAUCCUUAGCCUCUACUUUCCCCGGGAUGGAGCUGAGGUACCACCUCCACAGCAGACACCAGCAGGCCCUGAGACUGAGGAGGAGCCAUACCGGCGCCGGAACCAGAUUCUGUCUGUGCUGGCAGGGCUAGCAGCCAUGGUGGGCUAUGCCUUGCUCAGUGGCAUUGUUUCUAUCCACCGGGCAACCCCCGCUCGGACCCCAAACACCCAGGCCUUGGGCAUGGCUGAGGAGGAUGAAGAGGAAUGAUGUAUUCAUGCUCUUAAGACUGGUUUUUCUACUGUCAUGCAUUCCAGAUGUCCCUUUGACUCCCCAUUGUUGGAGCACCCAAAAAUGGGGUGCUAUCCCUAGAAUAAAGCUAUUUACACUGAGAUCAAA